GUUUUAAGUAUGCUUUUAUUUUCAGAGAUAUCCCACCGACAAAGCCUACUUCAUUGCUAAGGAGAUUCUGACAACAGAGCGGACUUACCUGAAAGAUCUGGAGGUCAUCACAGUGUGGUUCCGCAGUGCAGUGAUUAAAGAAAACGCAAUGCCUGAGGGUCUCAUGACCCUCCUGUUCUCCAACAUCGACCCCAUCUAUGAGUUCCACAGAGGUUUUCUCAAAGAGAUUGACCAAAGGCUGGCUCUCUGGGAGGGGCGCUCUAACGCUCAUGUAAAAGGAGAUUACCAACGAAUUGGAGAUGUCAUGCUGCGCAACAUGUGUGCUCUGAAGGAGUUCAUAGGCUUUCUGCAGAAGCAUGAUGAGGUGUUAACAGAGCUUGAGAAAGCCACAAAGCGUGUGAAGAAGUUGGAGACUGUGUAUAAAGAGUUUGAGCUGCAGAAGGUGUGCUACCUGCCUCUCAACACCUUCCUGCUGAAACCCAUUCAGAGACUCAUGCACUACAAACUCAUCCUGGAGCGUCUGUGUAAGCAUUACGUCCCCCAGCAGAGAGACUACGAUGACUGCAAAGAGGCUCUGAAAGAGGUUGCAGAGAUUGCUGCUCAGCUGCAGAGCAGUCUGAUUCGACUGGAGAACUUUCAGAAGCUGACAGAACUUCAGAGAGAUCUGAUUGGCAUUGAGAACCUUACGGCUCCGGGAAGAGAAUUUAUCAGGGAAGGUUGUCUCUACAAGCUCACCAAGAAGGGUCUGCAGCAGAGGAUGUUUUUUCUCUUUUCAGACAUGCUGCUGUACACAAGCAAAGGGGUGACUGCAACCAAUCAGUUCAAAGUUCAUGGACAGCUUCCCCUCCAUGGGAUGAUUGUGGAGGAAAGUGAGAAUGAGUGGUCUGUUCCUCACUGUUUCACCAUAUAUUCCGCUCAGAGGACCAUUGUGGUGGCAGCUAGCUCCAAAGUAGAGAUGAACAAAUGGAUUGAAGAUCUGAACAUGGCUAUUGACAUGUCAAAGAAAUGUCAGGAGAAAUCAGAUCUUCUGUUGGACCCAAGCCUGUGUGAUCGCUCCAACAGAUCAUCAGAUGAAGUGUCUCUGGAGCAGGAGUCAGAGGAUGACAUGGGAAUCAAGGACCGGAACUAUAACCAGCUGUCUGGUUACCUCCUAAGGAAGUUCAAGAACAGCAAUGGCUGGCAGAAACUUUGGGUCGUCUUUACCAACUUCUGCCUGUUCUUCUAUAAGACACACCAGGAUGACUUCCCUCUGGCCAGUCUGCCGUUGCUAGGUUACACAGUCAGCACCCCAGAGGAAUCGGAUAGCAUCCAUAAGGAGUACGUCUUCAAGCUGCAGUUCAAAUCCCAUGUUUACUUCUUCAGGGCAGAGAGCGAGUAUACAUUUGAAAGAUGGAUGGAGGUGAUCAAAAGUGCAGCGAGCUCCGCGGGACGCAUGAGUCUGCUUGUACCCAAAGACCCAGCAGAGAUGAACGGGGGAAGCUGAGUGUGUCAGACUGGUCUCCUGGAGCUGAGGGCUGGGCCCACUGUCUGCCAGGACCAAACACAGCAUCGUUUUAUCCUUUCUGAUUUGUGGCUCUGAGAAGCAUCAUCAUAAUAACUUGAUUCUUGACUCUGGACUGUUAGUUCUCUGCUUGCUGGGAGUUUGAGCUGCUUAUUGAAACCUCAGUCCAAAGAAGUUGGUCGGAAAGUAAGCACUCUGUAAUUGUCUCCCGCCAUUUCUCUUUCUUUUCUUCUCGUCUUCUCGCUGAUGAAACAAAAAGUGGGCAUCUUGCUGUUCUAGAAGCACAUUAGACUGAAAGAAUUCUUAUAGAAACACAUUAGACUGAAUUAAGUUAAGUUUGUGUGUUUCCCUUAAAGAUCCAGAGAUAAUCUUGCUAAGGUUACACUUAUUGCUGUAUUCAAGUUUUAAGGUCUUUGCUAAGAUGAAUCUGUCAUUAGGAUAUUUAAUGAUUCUUGUUACUCCAGUUUAUUCAGUAGAAAUCUAGUCCCUCAGGACCACAAAUAUAGUUUCUAUUAUUUGUCCUGGGACAACCUGACUGAAUACUACUAAAUGGAGUGUUGACAAACAGAGGGUUUGUAUUAAGUCCAGCUAGUGCAGUAAGUGAGAUAAAGGACUAGUGCUGUAAAAUGUGUCUCGCUGAUGUAGAAACAACGUAAUGUUGGUCAGAGAGCAUGUUUACAGGGCGUAGCUCAGAAACUGGAGUUCUAUGAUCGAGCACCUUUGCCCCUUUAAAGGGUUGAGGCUGAGAUGUUGGUACAGGAAGGAAUCAGUGAGGAAUAGAAAUGUUAUUUUGACGUUGAGGCAGCUGAAUUGGCUUGUACAGUAUGUGCUGUCCUCUUCCAGCGUAGGUUAAAGCAUGUCUUGAAGGUCAUUAUUAAGUGACCGUUACUAUUUAGGGGAUUUUUUUGAGUUCUGAUCCGUUGCUUUUUGAUCUCACAGCAUUGAUUUUCUUUAAAUCUGAAAACUAAUCAGAUAUCUAUUUUAAAGUGAAGACUGACCAAAAAACAUUUGCUAACCAAACUAAAUGUAAUGUUUUCAAUGAUGUAUUCACAAAUGUCACUAGUUUUGAUUUUUGGGAUACUUGACAGAUAAUGAGCUCAAGUCUAAACUAACCCCCAUAUGGGGGAAGAGGGUCAUCCACAGUGUAAUAUUGCACUUUUCUUUUGGUUCCUGCCAUUUACACACAGGGAAGAGGAAAUGGUUCUGGUGAAGUUAAAACAACAAUGCAAGAUGGUCAGCCACUAAAUCCAAAAUUUAAACUGGGAUCAAAGGCCUAAAACUGCCUGUUCCCCUUUUAUAUUGUAUAUGCGAAUAUUAUUAUUAUUAUUUUUUUUUUUUUUUUAAGCAUAUUAAUAAU